GAUUUUGUGAAAUACAUGGAUAUGUAAAUGGAAACAAUGUCAGCUGUCAAGGACUGCACAGUAAGCAAAUAUUUCCAGGUUUUAUACACUCAGAGGUAUAGAAGAAAUAUAUUGGCCUCCAGAAAAAGGGAAAAGCUUAGGAAUCGAAGUACAUGUCACAUGCAUUGUCUCGAGUAGUAGAUUUACUUUUAAGAAAAAUCUCCCUCCUCCUUGGUCCCUAGAGAUUUGGGUGCUAAGAAAAAUCUGUUCUCCAAUUCAGGGUUGUAAGCAACCCUCCCCAGCAAAAGCAUUGUUGACUUCUAAUGAAGCAGAGAGGCAUAUGUAGCUCUGAAAUAGAGGUUGCCAAAUGGUAUUCCCAGUGACACAUGGGAGACUGGAGGAAAGGGUCUCCACAGAAAUUCAUCAGUGUCUGGAGAGCUGGUUAGUAGGUAGGCCAUAGAAUUUUCCAGUGACAUCACCAGUAAGCCAUUCACUGGACACUCUAUUGUAUCUAAGAGAUCCCUAGAAUCUUCUGUGAUGUCACCAGUGUUGUGGUGACACCAACUGCCUUUGGGAUAUUACUUCAGUUCCCUUUGGGUUCACAAGCAGGCAUGUUUCGCCAGCUGCUCAGGCUAUUUCGGAAGGAAAGUGUUGAUCAAGGAGAGACCGCACCAGGUCAGAAGGAAGCUGACCCCCUCUCUAGUGAAACAGGAAGGAGGAAAUCAUUCUGGGGAAGGCUUGGUUUUGGUAGGAAGGCAUCAUCCCAAAAUGUCAUCAGUAAGCAAGAGGAGUGUGUAAAGGAACUGGAGGAACUCAAAUUUGAAAUCCAGAAGUGUAAAUUCGAGAGGGAUGAACUUUAUCAAAUCCUGGAUCUUUAUAUCUAUGAUGAGUGGGACCACAGGCUGCACGUCGAAUUGCCAGUCCUUCAAUCCGAACAUGAGAUGAGAAUGAUGGCUAUGCAAAUGAUGACCAACUCAAUAAGUGAUGCCAUGGAGAGGUACAAGGAGCUCAUACAAGUGAACAGUUCCUACCGCAUCAGGCACUCCCAGCUCCUGCUUGAACAAGCUCAAUUGAAGAACAAUAUACAGAUUUUGCUGAAUGAGAAGAGAGAACUGCUGGUGGAGCAGACUGAACUCCCAGCAUCCUCUGUGGAGGCAAAGAGGCUCUGUGAAGAGGCCGGAAUGAACAUCUGUGACCCCAGUGCCAAGCAACAGCAGGUAGGGUUAGGCCUCAGGGUCAGGUUGUCCUCAUGUCUUACCAUAACCAUAGACAAACCAAUGUAACUGGCUAUUGACUGAUCCAUGUCCUGACCUAGGUCUCAUCCAAGUGUUCAUUCAUGUGAUGGUUUACAAAGCUUUCUGUGGAGAUAGCCCCUUUUCAGGAAACUACAUGUUUGGAAAGCAAAUGGUCCUGCUCUUUGAGAAUCUGCAGUUUAUUAAGGGAGAUAGGUUGAUCACACAGCACAGCACUACAUGCCAUUAUGUGUGGAGUGUUCUAUGUGGGAGCCCCUCUUUAGACUAGAGCAGGGCUUUGCGAGAUGAAGCAUAUGUCUGGAGCGCAUUUUCUUUACAGGGAUCUUGUGAGACUCCAGGAAGUAAGUACUUUUCAAGGAGGAGACCCUCAUGGAAAUGCCAAAGAAAUGAUUCUUAUUGUCAUUUGUGGUGGCUUUUGUUGUUCCUCUUCUCCCUGUAUAUGAAGAUGGUGUCUUCAUGCUUCAUAGAUCUUGGGUAACUACAGAGCCUGAGGAGCAGCAUGUCAGUCCUGUCUUAUUUGAGUGCUCCUGGAGAGUUCAUAACUGGGCCUUACAACCUGAAGCUGGUUAGAAGAGCAAGGAUGUGGAAAAGGUUUCUCAAAGGCCAAGGGUUGGCAUGAGAGAUUUGAGACUUCAAGAACAAAGUUAUCCGUAUAUACCCCCAAUUCUCACCAAGAAAGGUGCAUUGCUGUGCUGACCUGCAUCUUAGGGAGCAUGCGGGGAGGCCAGUUCAUGACAUGCAAUUUUGUCCAGUCAUUACCCAACUUAGUCCUUUAAGCCUAGGUCUCUCAACAAACAUGAAGCUUCCUGUUUUGUGCUGGCCAGCAGUCUUUGCAUCAUUCGUCCAGUUCCUGGUGGAGCCCCCUCUCUUAUUUGUCUCAACACAUUCUUAAACCAUUCAGGUAUUUUCAAAAUAAGGAUUAGAUUUCUUCACUUUACCUGAGCAGAGGUAUCCCCCAGGAAGAUUCUGGUUUGUCUUAUGGGCUUCACCAUGAUCUUGCAUGGAAUCCUGUAGUGCAUCCCUCUAAUGACAUUGCUUUGCAGACUAUAUCAUGGGCACGGCAUUCUUUCAGGAUAGAUUCCCUCUCAAUACUGUACACAGUGCUGCAUUUUAGAAAAGUCACUGUAUGUUAUUUCGUUAGCCUCCUUCUGACUGACAUUGAGGUUGUUUUAACGUCACAUGAAAUCUAAUAUGAUGAAAAGUUCCUGGUAAAUGACCAUGAGACACUGUCUUCUUUGAUGCUUCCAAGGUCUUCUAUGAAGGAAACAGUGUAGUUUUAGUGAGGGGCCUAUGAUGAGUCAACAUAGAGCUUGAUGGAGUUUUUUCCUAGAAAUCUCUCUCUUGGGGAUUUGAUGUUGUGUUGUUUAGGCUAUCUGUGCAAAACAUGUAAUUUACUCGUAGGACCAGAAAGUAUCUGCAUAGAAAGGUUUCCUGAAGUGGAAAUGAGUAUAGGCCAGGGCAGCACAGCCUGCUUGAGUCUAAGAGACUUGUACACAGCAUUGUUCCCACUAAUUCCUCACUCAACAGGAAAUGUGCUGCACAAAAGCAAAGUUUUCAUUUGUGCAUGCGAGUGUGUAUCUGUGUAUGUCUGUGUGUUUGUGUGUGUGUGUUUUCAGUAAUGAACCUGUGUUUCCUCUAUUUCCAAGUUUCAUAAGAAAAGAAUUCUAGGAGUUCACUUUACAUCCAUGAAACAUGAAAUACAGCUGCCCAGUCAUUUGGCAUCUCCAUCUAGCUCUGUACAGCAAAAGGACACCUGUUAUUAAUAUAUUCUGUUUACAAAAAAUUCGCAACAGAAUUAUCUUGUGAAGUGUGGGGGAGGAGUGGAAAAUAUAAUCAAGUGAGUCGUGUUUCACAGUCCUAACCAAUGGUACAGGCCUGGAGCUUGCAGGACCCUUUUUGUUAUGGUGUAGAAGCAGGACAAUAAAGUCCUUUAGAAAUGCAACCCCCCCCAAAAAGAGCACACAAAAACACCUGUAAAGUUAGAUUAUCAAGUGACUAGGGGCAAAACUACUGAUCUGCAUUGAAAUCCUUUGGAGCACAUCAAAGGAAAGGAGUACUGGGAGGUAAGGACAAGGCUUCUCUAUAAAAUCCAUGAGUUUAUGCUGCUUCUCUGUUCUUUGUGAAUUGUGAAAGCCCACUGGAAGGUUGUGUCACUCACUGUGUCUUCUCCAAGGUUGCUUUCCACAUUGCCUGCUACCAUUUCUUUCCAGCUACCUUGGCACACUACAACUUCCCCUGGGAGUUUGGCUUGGAAUUUUUUCAUUGAGAAUUUGAGUUGUUUGGAAUUGUAUCGUCAUCCAGAAACAGUCCCAUAGCUAUGCUGUGGUGCAAGAACAGGGCAGUUUCAGGAACCCCUUUAGGUGCACAGAUAAUCUAAAGUGCUCCCCUAUGUUAUCUGUGUAGCAUUCUGCAAGUGCUGUCAAUCAACAUCAUUUUCUCUCAGUUAAUUUCAGCCUCAAUGGAGUCAGGAGAAAUGAUGAAAUUCAGACGGGUCUGUUAGUGGACCAUCAGAAAGGCCUGUGAGAAGCCAUGUUCUUUAAGUGGAACAGAAGUGUUAGUUGACCCAGAGAUCCCAGAGAAGAGAAUAGGUGUCCAACUAGAGCAACUAGAGCUCUGGGUUUUAGUGGUCCAAGGAAGGAAACUGUAGGAGAGGUUGGAGCCCUUCAAUGGAUUAUGACUCAGUGUGAGAUAAUCCAUGUAAGCAUUUAUUUAUUUACUCCAAAUAUCUGUGACACAAUCACAUUAU